CCAACGGAGACCAUGGGCAAGAUCAUUUUUUACGAGGACAAAAAUUUCCAGGGCCGGAGCUAUGAGUGCAGCAACGACUGCACAGAUCUACACUUGUACUUCAGCCGCUGCAACUCGAUUCGCGUGGAAAGCGGCUGUUUCAUGAUUUACGAGCGACCCAAUUUCAUGGGCCACCAGUAUUUCAUGAGAAAGGGGGAGUACGCUGACUACCAGAGGUGGAUGGGUUUCAGCAGCAGCAUCCGUUCAUGCCGGGUGAUUCCAGCGUAUCGAGGCUCCUACAGAUUGCGAAUCUAUGAGAAGCCAGACUUCAGCGGUCACAUGAUGGAGUUCAUGGACGACUGUCCCUGUGUGUCUGACCGUUUCCAUCACCGCCACGUCUACUCUAGUAACGUUAUGAAUGGCUUCUGGAUUUUCUACGAGUACCCAAACUACCGAGGCAGACAGUACUUCCUGAGACCUGGGGAGUACAGGCGGUACCGUGAUUGGUGCGCCACCUGCGCCAUUGUUGGGUCCUUCAGGAGGGUCACUGAAUUUUAGCCAUCAAUUGCAGCCUUUUCUGUAAAUAUCAACACUUAGUAAAUUAAAGAUUUUGAAUUUUUAAACUGUUCUGUGAUGUUUUUUUGACAUUAUUAAUGUUCUCUGGUUAUAUAAAUAGCUGUUGGGAAAGCAGAAAGAGU